AUGGACCCUGAGUAUGUCCCAUUACUUAGGGCCGGAAUCCCGGAUCAGUCCUUCUUCGGUCGGCUCUCCUUUGGUCAGGUCUCCUUCGCCAUCGGAUCUGGUUCGGUUUCCGUUUCCAACCUGGAGGAUCCGUUUGUGGACGACGCCGCUGAUCCUGCUCUGGCUUCGCCAACCCGUCCUUUGGUUUCGCCCAUCAGACCUCCUCCUGACUUUGAACAGUUGAUGGCCUUUGCCGACCGGCAAAUCAACCUGGCCCGCGCUUACACCGCUAAGCGUCGACCUGCCCCCAUCGCUGUUCCUGCUCCCAGGACCCCGGAGCCAAGGACCCCAGAGCAAAGGAUGAUUAGGACUCCGGAGCCCUGGUCCCUUUCGCCUAUGACUUCCUCACCUUCGGUGGAUGCCCCUGUUGAGGAGUCUGGCUCCCUGUUCCGUGAUCCGGUUGACCCGCCUUGUACGCCUCCGCCUCGUACUCCUCCUCCUCGUGAGAUGGAUACCCUCGACCGCAGCGUUGAACGGCAACGGAUUCGGGCCCGCGAGCUCAGCGCAGAGGCCAAGGCGAAGUUUGCGCAGAUCCGGGCUCUACUAUCGGAUUGGCCUGCUCCCCAGAGGCGGUACGCGCCCUCUCACGACUACAGCACGGACUCGCCUACGCCGCAUACCAUCUCCAACUGGGACUCGACCUUGGAAGAGGAUCGGGUUUCGGAAUACUCCUGGACCAAGGGCGCCUUCCCUGUCGCCUCUCCCGAGCUCCCUGGAGCUCUGGCAGAGUGGGAUUCGCCGGCCGCCUCCCCUGUGUAUUCUGGAUCCCCAGUCGCUUCUUCCUCUGGUUCCGUUGGCUCGUCUGGUUCCGUUGGCUCGUCUGGUUCUGUUGGCUCGCCUGGUUCCCGUGGAUCAUCUGGAUCAUCUGGUUCUUCCGGCUCUCAUGGUUCCUCUGGUUCCGCUGGCUCCUCUGGAUCUGGUGGCUCCUCUGGUUACUGUGCGUCCCCUGGAUCUACCGGAUCUUUCGGUACUUCCAGCUUUUUUGGGUCCCCUGGUUCUUCUGGUUCUGCCGAGGAAUCUGGAUCGAUCUCUUCCUUGCUGGAGCUUUAUGGUCCUCGUUCGCCCGUGCCUGCGCCUGUUCCCGUGCCCGUUCCCGCGCCUGAGCCUGAGUUUGACCUGGUCACGUCCACGAUCACGACCCAGCCCAAGGGCAUGAAGGCAGUCACCCUCAAGAUCACCCGCCGCGUUCCUCGGGUUAGGUCUUAG